AUGGCCACCUCACCGCCGGCGUCGCCUCUACAUCAACGGGAGCGACCUCUCAGUGCCAUCGUGAAACCAGGCCCAAGGAGUGCCAGCAGAUUGAGCAUGAGCAGCAAGGCUGGCGUUGGCAGCAGAGCCUCUGAUGAUGAGAGCCGCACGGCUGUCAAAGUCGCUGUUCGAGUACGACCACCACUGAAGCCCGAUGACCCAGGCUAUGAUUUGAUCCCACAACGUUUCCAGCGCUCAAUGGUCCAAACGACAUCAAACACAAGCCUGGCCAUCGACUCUCCGCAAGGUCGGAAAAUAUUCGUCUUUGAUCGCGUUUUCAGCCCCGAGGUUAUGCAGGAUGGGAUUUGGGAAUACUUGGCCGACUCCAUCAGCGCCUUCACCCAAGGCUACAAUGUGUCGCUCCUGGCAUAUGGCCAGUCGGGUGCUGGAAAGUCAUAUACCAUGGGCACGUCGAAUCCAGGUGAACACGAAGAUGAAUCAAUGAUUGGUGUAAUCCCCCGCGCAGCAACGGCUCUUUUCGAGAAGCUCGACUUAUCCAACGGUGGAGGUAGCGGUUCUGCAUCUAACAGGCAAUCGAUUUCAAGUCUUCGAACCCCUCGUUCCUACAACCACCAUAAUCUUCUUGGUGACCGCAACUGGUCUCUGAAGGCGACAUACGUAGAAAUAUACAACGAGCAGCUUCGCGAUUUGCUUGUGCCCGAAUCAACGCCUGCCAACGAACGAACUAAUAUCGCUAUCCGGGAAGAUACUAAAGGCAACAUUCUCCUCACUGGAUUGCGACAGGUUGACAUUGCUUCCGUCGAAGAUCUCAUGAACGCCCUCAAUUUCGGCUCCAGCAUCCGACAAACCGACGCCACAGCGAUCAACGCCAAGUCAUCCCGUUCACAUGCCGUUUUCUCGCUGAACUUGGUGCAGCGCAAGAGCAAGCUCCAAACAGCAACCGGUGCCGAGAAGCGAUUGUCCAUGCCCCUGGAGGCAUUGACUGGUCAAGACCUGGGAGUCACAACCGACAGCAAACUACACUUUGUCGACCUGGCAGGAAGUGAGCGGCUCAAAAAUACAGGCGCCCAGGGAGAACGCGCCAAGGAGGGCAUCUCCAUCAAUGCCGGGUUGGCCUCUCUCGGCAAAGUCAUCAGCCAAUUGUCCUCCCGCCAAUCUGGCUCUCACGUGUCCUACCGCGACUCAAAACUGACCCGCCUUUUGCAAGACUCGCUCGGUGGCAAUGCCUUCACGUACAUGAUCGCCUGUGUCACCCCUGCUGAAUUUCACCUUAGCGAGACCCUGAACACCGUUCAAUAUGCGCAACGUGCCAGAGCGAUACAGUCUAAGCCGCGGAUCCAGCAAGUUGAUGACGGAGACAGCAAAGCUUUGGUAGAGAGGCUUCGUGCUGAGGUUUCCUUCCUGCGGGAUCAGAUUCGGAGCUCGCAAGGCGGCAUAGAUAGCCCACGUCGCGGCCAUGCUGCGCCGAAUGAACGAUCAGACAGACCAAACGAGCGGGAAUCAGAACUCCAAAAUCAACUGCUAGAUGCGCAGGAGAACUACAGCGCAUUGAGCCAGCGCCAUGCCAGACUUAUCUCUGAACUAGCGAAAGCUCGAGAGCAUGAAUCUCAGCAGGCAGAUCUGAAUGACGACACCUCUGCAGAUGAUCGACUCAACAGAUCCAACUCGUUCGCGCAGGCUGUUGAACAGGUCGUCCUAGAAUACGAAAAGACAAUCCAAAGUUUGGAACAGUCUCUUUCUAGCACACGAACGACGCUCUCUAACACAGAGACAUCUCUGCUCGAGAAAGAAACAAAGUGUGCCUACGUGGACACCAUCAACUCGCAGUUGCAGGCGCGGCUUCAGAAACUCAUGGACCGGGAGGCGAGCACCGAAAAUUAUCUUCACGACCUCGAGGCUAAGUUGGAUGGCCAUACUAGUGGCGAAGAAAAGAAUGCCACCAUUAUUCUGGAACUUCGCAAAGAAAUUGCGAGAGUCAGAGAGAACGAGGCCGCCUGUGAAGACUACAUCUCCACGCUUGAGGAGAGGCUGGCGGAGGCCGACCAGGAUACUGAACUGAUGCAACGCGAGAUCGAUCGUCUAGAAUCAGUGGUGGAGCGUCAGAGAAGUCUAGGGAAGUUGGAUGCGCUUCUUUACGAGCUUGACCACGUAGAUGGUGGGAUGGCCGUGGAGUCUGAGCCUUUGGCGAACGGGGCCAUUCGUGGUCGCCGCUUUACAGACCAUUCUCGCAGCCAGUCGCACGUUAGCCGUAAGAGUCAGUUGGACGGCCCAAUUCCCGAAGAGCAUGACGAGAAUGCCGACAACUACGUCGACAACGGCGUCGACAACGGUGGGGAUGAAGAAAAUAUCACACACGACCAGAACCAAUCAAUAGGUCACGACCUUGGUGCCGACAGCAGAGAAUUACCGAAUGGGAACUCUGCCAGCAACGCGAAACAGAGCAAAUACGUUGCUGACAAGCUGGAAACCGUUACGCAGGAGCUCGUCGACCUCCGUGUUGAGCAUGAAGCCACCGUUCAGGACUAUGAUCAACUCCAGGCCAAGUACGAAGAGACUGUCAGGACGCUAUCGGAAUUGCGAGAUGCCAUGGAUGAGGCGCGACAUCCUGAGCGGUCAAGAGCUCGCGAUUCUAUAGUCUCAGAAUCGACUACACCCCAAACUCGCCCAGAUUCGUUUGCGUCAGACCGUAAAUCAGUCGACUUGAAAGAUGAACCCCGCUCGUCGAUGUCACGAUCUUUGUCGUCUGAGCUGUCUUCGGCGAUGGAAUCACCAGCUACCGUGGACACUUCAGCUGCUGACUUGAGCUCGGAGGAUGAUACAGCCACCACCAAGCCCGCAGUCUCAAACGAGGAUCUGGCUCACCAAGCCAAGAAUGAGCAUUUAACUGCAGAAAUCGAGAGAUUGCGCAAGCUGGCAGAGGAAAAAGAGGCCGCUGAAAAGACUUUGACCGAGAAGUAUGCCGAACUCGAAUCUACGCACAAUGACACACUGGAUAUUGUAGAGGAACUUAAGACCGAGGUGUCGAAGGCGCGUGCUGUGGAAGCAACCUCACCAAGGACUAGCACUCCGGUUAUCCGUCGAAAAUCCAGUCAAAAUCUCAUGGUCAUAGACCGCGCCCAUCGCUCCUUUGCUUCUCUCCGUAACAUUGCCUCUGAAAAUUUUGAGCAUCUUCCUGAGGUCAUGCAGAGCUUCGAACUCGCCUUGAAUUCUGCCAUGCACGAGCUCCACUCCCGAAGUGAGCGCAUCCAAGAGUUGGAAGCUGAUAUAACGUCGGUCAAGAAGGAGAUGGAGACUAAGAUGACAAUCAUAUCAGGAUUGACGCGCGAAAGAUCUAGCUUGAAGGCUAGCCCCAUGGACAUGUCCAUGGUUGCCAACUUGCGCGAUCAGCUUGAGAGAAAUGAGAAGCAGAUGUCUCAGAUGCGCGAGGCACACGACACACGGGAAAAGGAGUUAACAUCUCAAAUGGACGAGUUGCGCCAGUCCAUACAGAACACAGCUACCUCAUCCUCAAUUGACGAGAAUGACCGAGGGGAAGCGGACGACGCCAAGUCCACCGAUAAGAGGGAGCAACGGAUCACGGAAAUGCAAGCAGAGUUAUCCGGCUGGGAGGAGAAACACAGACUGGUCCUCGACGCUACAGAGAAAACGGAAGCCGGUUUGCGUGCCAACAUUAUGAAGCUAGAAGCCCAAAUCGCCUCGUCAGAGAGAGAAUUCAGCGAGUCCCUAGCGAAAGCAAAGACCGAGACCGAGGGCUUGGCCACAGUCACAGAGGAAAAGCACCAGAAGCUGGUUGACUUCUUGCGCACCGAGAUUGACGAGUACAAGGCAAUUAUCAACAGCAAUACUACCAAAGUUGCUGAAUUGGAGGCCGAGUAUGCCGCAACGAAGUCCAAGCUGGAGGAAGUUAGCAGGUCCCAUGCAUCGGCUGCCGCGGAGCUGGAGCAGCAUCGGCAACUGGUGUCAUCACUCGAGACCCAGGUCUCGACUCACGUCGAAGCAGCUAAAUCCCAUCAGGAUGCCCUCGAUCUCGCCAAGGACAAUCAUACCAAGGAGAUUACGCAACUUAGGUCACAAGAGCAACAGAGCUAUGAACAACAGGCUGAGGUUCUUAUGCAGGAGCAUACCGAUGCGAUGCACAAGCUGGAAGACGAAUUGUCUCAGGCUAGAGAUCGACUUGCCAGGAUUGCUGCUCAAGUCGCAGUCGACAUGGAUGUGGAUUCUAACGUCGAUCUGCUCUCGGAGAGAAUUGACACACUUUUGGCAGCCCAGAAGACCCUCGUCGAGGAACAGCAAAAGGCCGAGGAAAUGAAGAGCCAUGUUGCUGAGCUCACUUCUAUUAAUGAAAAUGUCCUGGGCGACAUUCAGGCCGCCAAAUCUUCUUUGAUGGAGAUGCUUUCGGACAGUGCCGAUUCUGUUCCGACAUCUGUUGCCGAGCAGCUGACGGCAGUCAAGACGAAGCUUGUGGACCUUGAGGGCCGCAAUAAAAAGAAUAGUCGCCUCGUUGAAGAACUUGAGGAGCAACUUCAGAAUAACUUCGACGAGGCACAAAUGACCAACAAUCGUCUUAGCACCCUGCAAACUGAACGGAAUGCGCAGCUUGAGGAAGCCACCACGGCCCGAACAAAACUUCAAGGCGACUUGGAAAACAUUAGGGAGGAGUAUGCAGCUCUGCAAGCCAAAUUCCACGAGCUCUCCACCACUGGCGAAAUCAAGCGGUCCAACUCCAACUCCACCAUACGCAAAAGCACAUCGCAUACUUCCCUGCCAUCGCCCCCGCCCGCCAUUCCUCUGCCGCCAUUGCCCAGCGUUGCUGCCAGGAGCGGUUCUCCGACCAACGGUGUGCCAAACUCUCCCACAACUGGACGUCCUCUGAGCAAAGACAACCUCAAUAUUUCACAGCUCACCGAAGACCAAGAAGCUCGUAUCAGAACCAUUGAGAAGCACCUGUAUGCAGAGCGACAACUGACGCAGACGUUGGAAGAGGCGCUCACAGACCUCGAGAAGCAGUCCAAGAAGGUGAAGAGCGAUUGCGAUGCGUGGAAGAAGCGCUCGCAGGAGCUUGAAUCCGAACUCAAGGAUCUCAAGGAAAGACAGACCGAGCCACAACAAGACAACCGAUGGAGUAUGCAGGCUGUCGAGGAGGAACGAAAGAAGCGGCAGGCUGCAGAGUUGGCUAGAAAACAACUCGAAGAAAGGAUGAAUGCCAUUAACAAGGGCAAAAAGAAGAAGGGCAGCCUGAACUGCUUCUAG